GCGGGGCCAGGCGUGGGAGCGACAAGGAUGGCGGCCGCCACGGCGCUGAUGCUGCCGGAGAGCCCCAGCAUGAAAAAAGCUGUGUCGCUGAUAAAUGCAAUAGAAAUAGGAAGGUUUCCACGGUUGCUCACCCGAAUUCUUCAAAAACUUCACCUGAAGGCUGAGAGCAGUUUCAGUGAAGAAGAAGAAGAAAAACUUCAGGCCGCAUUUUCUCUAGAGAAACAAGAUCUUCACUUAGUUCUUGAAACAGUAUCAUUCAUUUUAGAACAGGCAGUGUAUCACAACGUGAAGCCAGCGGCUCUGCAGCAGCAGUUAGAGACCAUUCAUCUCAGACAAGACAAAGCAGAAGCGUUCAGCAAUGCUUGGUCUUCUAUGGGUCAAGAAACAGUUGAAAAAUUCAGGCAGAGGAUUCUUGCUCCCCACAAGCUUGAGACGGUCGAAUGGCAGCUUAACCUUCAGAUGGCUCACUCUGCUCAGGCGAAACUGAAAUCUCCUCAGGCUGUAUUACAGCUAGGAGUGAGCAAUGAAGAUUCAAAGAGCAUGGAGAAAGUUCUUGUGGAAUUCAGUCACAAAGAGUUGUUUGAUUUCUACAACAAGCUGGAGACCAUACAAGCACAGCUGGAUUCCCUUACAUGAUGUUCUCUAAGACCGGUUCCUCCAUCACACUCCUGCCACCUCAUCAUUCUGCUCUGAAGAUAGACUGCCAGGUUGUGUUUUCUGAAGGAUUCAGUAGCUUUCUUCUUAUAAACUGCACAGCUUAUCACUUCAUAGAGAAAUAACAGCCAAGGGAGAUGAUUGUUUUUAGAGCUCCUAACACACAUUCUCUUGCUCUGUAAGCCAAGGGCAAACAAUUGUUAAGAAUACUUUCACUUUAAAGGGAACAGUAAAUACUAUACUGUUA